CCAGCAGCCGAGGUAGAGGGGGCCGCACGGGACGGCACCCACUACGCGUGUCCGCGCCCCCCACCGGCGCGCAGGACGGCCUGGCCCUUUAAGCGUCCAGACGGCGGCCCCAGCUGACGCGCGGGCUCCAAUCCGCGCCCCGCGCCCCCCGCCCGCCGCGCCCGAGGCUCCGGGCCGCAGCUGCUCGGCGCCCGACUCGCCGCGGCCCUGCGCCUCCGCCCGCCCGGCCGCGCCCCCGGGGCCAUGGUCGCGGGGCCCUGCGCGGGGGCGGCCCCCAGCGCGGCGCUUCAUGGAGCGGCCCCGGCCCGGCCGCCGGGGGCAGCGCGAUCCCGCGGGGCCCUGUGAGCCCCCAGCGCCACGGCACCAUGUUGCUGGUUGAGAAGACGACCGACUCACCAGCGGCCGAGUUCUCGCUGGUGGAGGACGUGGCGCUGCACUUCGCCUGCUUGAUGGGCCGUCUGAACGAGCAGCGGCUCUUCCAGCCCGACCUCUGCGACGUGGACCUAGUGCUGGUGCCCCAGCGCAGCGUCUUCCCAGCUCACAAGGGUGUGCUGGCCGCCUACAGCCAGUUCUUCCACUCGCUCUUCACGCAGAACAAGCAGCUGCAGCGCGUGGAGCUGUCCCUGGAGGCGCUGGCGCCCGGCGGCCUGCAGCAGAUCCUCAACUUCAUCUACACGUCCAAGCUGCUGGUCAACGCGGCCAACGUCCACGAGGUGCUCAGUGCCGCCUCCUUGCUGCAGAUGGCCGACAUCGCUGCGUCCUGCCAGGAGCUGCUGGACGCCCGCUCCCUCGGACCCCCGGGCCCUGGCACUGUGGCUCUGGCCCAGCCGACCGCCAGCUGCACCCCAGCUACGCCACCCUACUACUGUGACAUCAAGCAGGAGGCUGAUGCCCCGGGCCUGCCCAAGAUCUAUGCCCGUGAGGGCCCUGACCCCUACUCGGUGCGCGUUGAGGACGGGGCAGGGACAGCUGCUGGCACAGUGCCGGCCACCAUCGGGCCAGCCCAGCCCUUCUUCAAGGAGGAGAAAGAGGGAGGUGUCGAGGAGGCCAGAGGGCCCCCGGCCAGCCUGUGCAAGCUGGAGGGCGGCGAGGAGCUGGAGGAGGAGCUCGGGGGGCCUGGCAGCUACAGUCGCCAGGAGCAGUCCCAGAUCAUCGUGGAGGUGAACCUCAACAACCAGACGUUGCACGUGUCCACGGGGCCUGAGGGGAAGCCGGGCACCGGGGCGAACCCAGCCACCAUGGUGCUGGGCCGGGAGGAUGGGCUGCAGAGACACUCAGAGGAGGAGGAGGCGGAGGAGGAGGAGGAGGAAGAGGAGGAGGAGGAGGAGGGAGGUGGCAGUGGAGGGGGGGAGGAGGAGGAGGAGGAGGAGGAAGAGGAGGAGGAGGGUGGCAGCCAGGGGGAAGAGGAGGAGGAGGAGGAGGCGCACAGUGAGCCGGAGGAGGAAGAGGAGGAGGAAGAGGAAGGGCACAGCGAGCAGGAUCCAGAGAGCUCAGAGGAGGAGGAGGAAGAGGAAGAGGAGGAAGGGGAGGCUGAAGGUGGGCAGGGGCCUGUGGGGGCCGGGGGGCGCCAGGGCAGCCGGGCAGACCCCCCUGCCCACAGUCGCAUGGCCACAAGGUCCCGGGAGAAUGCCCGGCGCCGGGGCACCUCUGAGCCGGAAGAGGCUGGGCGGCGGGGUGGGAAGCGGCCGAAGCCUGCUGGAGUGGCCCCUGCGCCCACCCGUGGGUCUCCAGCCACCGACGGGCUGGGGGCCAAGGUGAAGCUGGAGGAGAAGCAGCAUCACCCAUGCCAGAAGUGCCCACGGGUCUUCAACAACCGCUGGUACCUGGAGAAGCACAUGAACGUGACCCACAGCCGCAUGCAGAUCUGCGACCAGUGUGGCAAGCGCUUCCUGCUGGAGAGCGAGCUGCUGCUGCACCGGCAGACGGACUGUGAGCGCAACAUCCAGUGUGUGACGUGUGGCAAAGCUUUCAAAAAGCUCUGGUCCCUUCACGAGCACAACAAGAUCGUGCAUGGCUACGCAGAGAAGAAGUUCUCCUGCGAGAUCUGCGAGAAGAAGUUCUACACCAUGGCCCACGUGCGCAAGCACAUGGUGGCCCACACCAAGGACAUGCCCUUCACCUGUGAGACCUGCGGGAAGUCCUUCAAGCGCAGCAUGUCCCUCAAGGUGCACUCACUGCAGCACUCGGGGGAGAAGCCCUUCAGAUGUGAGAACUGCAACGAGCGCUUCCAGUACAAGUACCAGCUGCGGUCACACAUGAGCAUCCACAUCGGCCACAAGCAGUUCAUGUGCCAGUGGUGUGGCAAGGACUUCAACAUGAAGCAGUACUUUGAUGAGCACAUGAAGACCCACACAGGGGAGAAGCCUUACAUCUGCGAGAUCUGCGGCAAGAGCUUCACCAGCCGACCCAACAUGAAGCGGCACCGGCGCACGCACACCGGUGAGAAGCCGUACCCGUGCGACGUCUGCGGCCAGCGUUUCCGCUUCUCCAACAUGCUCAAGGCCCACAAGGAGAAGUGCUUCCGCGUCAGCCACCCACUGGCCGCCGACGGGUCCCCGGCCGCUGGCCUGCCCAGUGCCCCGCCCACGCACGCGCUGGCCCUGCUCCCGGGGCCACAGCACCUGCCACCUCCGCCGCCGCUCUUCCCCACCACAGCCCACGGCGGCGGCGGCGGCAGGGUGGAGGCCAACAACUGACCCAGCGCGCCUGGGGGACCUGGAGCCCAGGCCUGCUCCAGGAGGGACCCCGCUGCCCUCCCCUCUUUCCUGGGGCCACCGUCCCGCUGCCCCGGAGGCCCUGACCCCAAGGGGUGUGCAGGCUGGCAGCCCCCCAGAGCUGGUGGAGGACACCUCACUCCGAAGUGCCCCCCCUUUCUGCAACUUUUGAAGCCUUUAUUCUUUUUUUUUUUUUUUUUUUUUUUUUUUGGAAGUGAAGGAAAAAAGAUAGUUUGCAGCACCCCCUCCAGGUGAGGGGGUGCUGGAGGCCGCAGGUACAGUGGGAGGGAGGGGCCUGAGCAACAGGUAUGGCCAGUCAUCCCUCUGAGUCCUGAGCCAGGCUGGGCCUAGGUUAGCCUCAGUAGCUCUUCCUCGUCUCCUCUGGGUCCCUAACUUGCCCCCUCACCUUGGAGGGUUUGGGGAGAAGUUAGAGUGCCAGGCCCCCUUGGAGGAGUUGUGCACCCAGCCUGAGGGCUGUGGACCUGGAGGCAGGACCUUGAGACUGGACAUCUGUGAGCUGUUGGGUGCAACCCAGCUCCACACCCUGUCAGUAGGCCAGGUGGGGGCUGGCCCCCAGGGAUUUGCUUUUCUCAUUUAUACCCUUGCUGUGAGGCACAGAGAUCCCCAACCUGCACCACACUGCGCCAGGGGCCCCGAGUCUGGAGAUGUCCCAGAAGCUGCAGGACCUCAGUUGCGUGGGCCAGGCCCUGGGUAGGCAGACAGGCUGACUCCUGCAGCACCAUCUCACUGAGGCUGCAGUCAUGGUGUCCCUGCAAAUGGGUGAGACCCCAGGGGCAGGGCCCCAGGAGGCUUGGCAAAUGUUUUAGGGUUUCAAGGUGCUAUCAGUGGGGAGGGGGCAGGGCUGCUGUUCACAGAGCAUCCCAGUCCCUUCCCAGCUACCCUGGCUAUAUUGCCUACACCAGGAGAUGUGCGCAUAUGUCUGAGUCUGUCAGCUCCCCGACGGCCAGCUCCAGGCCUCAGCCCCUCCCUAGCCCCAGCCACCACCUGCCAGCUGGCUCCUUGCCCCUCCUGGGUCUCUGCACUGGUGGGUGGGCACCCACAGACCUGCCUGUGAGAGGAGCCGGCAUGUUCAGGUCCUGGGGAGCCCAGCCUGUGCCCAAUGCUUGCCCCAGGAGGCAGGCACUACUAAUAGGAUACCUUUUUUUUGUUGUUGUUGUCAUUUAACGUCUUUUUAUUCCUACCUUUAAAAGGGGGAGGAAGUUUCCAUAAGCUACAUGUUUCCUAGUUAAGCUCUUUCCUGUUGUGUUUAUAAGAUUUUUGUUUGUUAUACUCUUUGCACCUUACACCCCCCUUCUCCCCCCACACCACCACCUUCCCAGUAUGGCUGGAGUGGGAAGAGGCCUGGGCCCAAGGGGACUGGUAGAGGAACCGAACCCCUCUGACCUUCUUGGAGGCCCAUGGCACUGGGGCAGAGGGCUGGGGACAUUUUAAUCAUCAAUAAACGAAGCACUUUAUUCUGUA